AUGAUCGCCCGUGCAUCACUCACCCGCCAGCUCUGUCGGACUCGCCGUCCAGUCGGCUGCAAUGGCUUGACCAGAAGGUCCCUUGCGACAGCUGCCGGAGCAGCAGAGGCCGCGACUCUGCCCUUGGCGGGCAUCCGUGUGCUGGACAUGACCAGAGUUCUCGCUGGGCCGUACUGUACACAAAUUCUGGGCGACUUAGGGGCCGAAGUGAUCAAGAUUGAGCACCCUAUCCGGGGUGAUGAUACAAGAGCAUGGGGCCCUCCCUACGCUAAAUAUACCUCCGAUGAUGCGCAAGGGCCGGGCGAGUCCGCGUACUUCCUCUCCGUCAACCGCAACAAGAAAUCCCUAGGCCUCUCAUUUGCCCACCCUGCAGGUGUUGAGAUCCUCCACAGGCUGGCCAAGAACUGCGAUGUGCUGGUGGAGAAUUAUCUUCCCGGCGGACUGAAGAAAUACGGAAUGGACUACGAGACUGUGUCCAAGAUCAACCCCGGCUUGAUUUACGCAAGUAUUACUGGCUACGGCCAAACAGGGCCCUACAGUAACCGCGCCGGCUACGAUGUCAUGGUGGAAGCGGAGAUGGGCCUGAUGCACAUCACCGGAUCCAGAGAUGGGCCUCCGGUCAAAGUCGGUGUGGCUGUUACGGACCUAACCACGGGACUCUACACGUCGAACUCGGUGAUGGCGGCUCUCAUUGGGCGCGGGAGGACUGGCAAGGGCCAGCACAUCGACGUGGCACUCAGUGAUUGUCAGGUCGCAACACUAACAAACAUUGCCAGCUCUGCCCUGAUUAGCGGAAAGAAAGACUCUGGUCGGUGGGGUACCGCACACCCUUCAAUCGUCCCAUACAAGGCUUUCAAGACCGCCGACGGGGACAUUCUCCUCGGCGGAGGAAAUGACCGCUUGUACGGCGUUCUAGUCGAAAGGAUCGGCAAGCCGGAGUGGGCAAAGGAUGAGCGAUUCGUGACAAAUGCGCUCCGGGUGAGGAACAGGGAGUUGCUGGAAGACAUGAUUGAGGCGGAGACGAAGAGGAAGACGACGCAAGAAUGGCUCGAAGUCUUGGAAGGAUGUGGGAUGCCAUAUGCGGCCAUCAACGACAUCCAAGGAACCCUAAGCCACGACCAUGUUCUUGCGCGCAACAUGGUUGCUGAGGUGGAGCAUCCGCAAUGCGGGCCGAUCAAACUGGUCAACACGCCGGUCAAGUACUCUUCCGCCGAGCCGGGUAUCCGGACACCUCCGCCAACACUAGGCCAACACACGGACGAGGUUUUGAUGGAAAUGGUCGGUCUGAGCGAGGCGGACAUUGCAAGCCUGCGGAGUGAGGGAGUGGUUGCCUGA